AUGUGGGCAAGCUGCUGUAACUGGUUUUGUCUGGAUGGCUCACCCGAGGAGAUGCAGCCACAGCCAGGAGCCAGAGCCCAGGCCUACUCCAACCCAGGGUACAGCUCCUACCCAUCCCCCACCGCUGCCGAGCAGAGCUGCAAGGCCUGCGGGGUGCACUUUGACAGCUCCUCCAGCAAGCACAUCUGCCUGGACUGCAAGAAGAACUUUUGCACAUCCUGCUCAAGCCAGCCUGAAGGUGGCCCUCUGCUCUGCCACCUGUGCCAGCGCUUCCGAGCCACAGCCUUCCAGCGGGAGGAGCUGCUGAGGAUGAAGGUGAAGGAGCUGCGGGACUACCUGGCCCUGCGCGAGGUCUCCACAGAGCUGUGCCGGGAGAAGGAGGACCUGGUGCUCCUGAUCCUGGGCUUGCAGCCUGGCAUCACCCAGGAGGAUCAGAGGAGAACAAACCCAUUCACUGCUAGUGCCUCUGGACAGCAAGGCUUUGCGGUUCUCCCAGCGGCCAGCACAGCCUCUCCUACCUCACACGGCGCAGCUGCAGUGUCUGCAGAGCCCACCUCGAGCUCAGGAGCUCAGGAGCAGGUACAGCCUCCAGCCAGAGGUGGCGUUGCAUGUGAAGAGGAGGAGAAAGUUGUUUUUGAGAAUGCAGCAGAAGCACCAGCAGAGGAGGAGGCACAGUCAACUGACUCAGAGGACAACCUGGUGCAGGGCAGGAAGGCUUCUCUGUCUGACCUGAGCAGCAUCACAGACAUCCAUGCGCUCUCGGUGCGGCAGCUGAAGGAGAUCCUCGCUCGCAACUUUGUCAACUACAAAGGCUGCUGUGAGAAGUGGGAGCUGCUGGAGAGGGUGACUCGUCUGUACAAGGAGAAAGACCUUCAGCACCUGGUUUCUGACACUGAUGAUCAAACUGGUGGUGCUGGGCUCCCUGGCGUGGAGGAGAACCUCUGCAAGAUCUGCAUGGAUGCAGCCAUCGACUGUGUGCUGCUGGAAUGCGGGCACAUGGUGACGUGCACCAAGUGCGGGAAGCGGAUGAGCGAGUGCCCCAUCUGCAGGCAGUACGUCGUCAGGGCUGUCCACGUCUUCAAGUCCUGAGGCUGCUCCAGGAGGACUGGUGAUGCCUUCAAGCCUCAUCUGCUCUUAGGGACAUGGUCAACGUUGCUACAGUUAGGUCAGAGAUAGGCACA